AUUAUAAUGCUAACACUAAACUGUAAUACUACUACUGAGAAAUAGUACUAGUACUUAAGUAGUUAAUAACAUUAACAAUACAAUCUUUAAACAAAUGCCGUAUUUUGUGCUGAGAUGUGAUACUGAUUUUAUUAUAGUAAUAUUACUGUACUUAGUGUUAAUGCUACUAGUUCUACUACUACUAAUUAGUUUUAUUUACUGAUCACUAUUAGUAUUAUUACUAAGUAGGACUGUACCUGGACAUUUCCCCAUUCCGAUUAUUUUGGAUUGUUGUUUGUGUAAUUGUGAAGUCAAGUCAUAGCUCGAAUUUUUUUGUUUUUGUCUUUUUUAAUUGAUACUGAUAGGUUAUAAUAUACAUGAACAUGUUAUAUAAUUUGUACUUAUUUUAUACAUGUAGAAGUCAAAAUGUUUUCAGUGCCAAUGGUUGGAUGAGUUGAAUAUAAACAUUUAUUUAAGUUUGAAAUGCUAGUGAAAGAAUGCAAAGUUAUUACUUUUUAUUUACUGUGAUAUGAUGGAAAAAUCAGUAAUGAGUUAGGAUUUGUCUAUGAUUGCUGAGUAGCAGAAUUAAGUUUAGAAAACUCUGUAUGUAUAUAGUGUACCUUUUUUAAAUUUAAAGAAAAAAAAGGGACAGAGUAACUGAGUGAAUACUAUAAACAUGUAAAUGGUAUGUAGGAACUUCAGUCAGUUAGUGUAAAAUUAGCCUGAUACACCUUGUGGUGGUGUGCAGUAGUUAACUUGUAGUCCAAUUAAAUACUUAAAAGUUAUUUAUGAACAGUUUAUUUGCAAGAACAUAAGGCAACAGCAAAAUAAUUAUAACAGUGAUUGUACCAGAUGUUCAAUGAAAUACAAAAUGAAAUUUAAAUUCUUCCUGUUGUUUUUGAUGUUACCUGAGAAAAGAUCACCCACAUAUUCCUUACGAUGUUGCUUAAACUUACUAAUAGUUUUGUAAAACUUGUUCACAGUAGCUGUUCCAGACAGGUAGGCAUGAUGCAUGCUGAAUAUACAUUAUCAUUCAGUGGAACUCUGCCAGUGAUAACAGUUCCAGUGUAUUUAGAAAAGCCUUUGAAAAAACUGAAAAAGAAGAAAGAUGCAAAACGUUUAGAGGAGAUAAGAAGAAAGAGCCGUCAAGGAAAUCAGAACUUUCCUAUCAUUACUUGUAAGCGCCGUGAGUUUAAUUUUUAUUAUGGUCAAGUCUAUGCAAAGUACGAUCAGGUACUUCUAGCAUCUCAAGGCUGGAAACAUCGCAAAUCUCGAGGUGAUUAUUUCACUAUUCAUAAAUUUGGGGAAAACCCUUCACUACUAAAUACUAAUCUGUCAUCAGAUGGUGAGAUAGAAGAGCCAGGAGAAAAACUUGGAUUUCAAGAUCUAAACCUUCACCCACUUCUUCUAAAAGGACUUUCAGAAUUAGGCUUUCAGACUCCUACUGUUAUACAGGAGCUAGCCAUACCCCAUAUUCGAAGUCAUCGAAAUGUCCUUUGUUGUGCUGAGACUGGUAGUGGGAAGUCAGUUGCUUACCUUGCUCCAAUUAUACAUCAGCUGUUGGUCAAAAAACAACUUUACCACCAGGAUCCAGUUGUCAAUUCUCCAAGAGCUGUGAUUAUUGCACCAAGCAGAGAAUUAGUGGAGCAGAUUGGGAAUGUAGCUUGUAGACUAGUAGUGAACUGCAACUUAAAUGUAAAGGUUUUGGUUGGAGGUCAUGGAACCAAGCAAAAACUGAGAAAGCCAGAAAAUAUUUUAGAUUUGGACUUGCUAAUUACAUCUCCAGGAGUGCUUCAAAAUCUUGUGCAAGCUAAAAUCUGCAAGGUGGGCUUGAUAGACCAUGUGGUCAUAGAUGAAGCUGACACAAUGCUUGAUGAUAGCUUUAACGAAUCACUUCAGAGGUUUCUACGGAAGAUUCCUUUUCAAGAAGGUAAUCCAAAAAACUCAGAGUCAGGGAACUAUACAGGAGCACAGUUGGUGUUAGUCGGUGCUACUCUACCUCAGAAUGUUGUAGAUGUGUUUGAUAGGAUCAUAGAUGUGAAUUCUUUAGUCAACGUAUCUACAAAUCAGCUGCAUCGGAUUUUACCACAUGUCCCUCAGAAGUUUCUCAGAAUGUCUACUCCUCAAAAAGCAGGAAUGUUGUUAGAGCUUGUUAAAGCUGACUUCAAUAAAAGACGCCCUGUCAUGAUAUUUAGCAACAAAUCACCUACUUGCGACUGGGUUUCUUUAUUUCUUAAUGAAAAUGGAGUCCCAACUGUCAACUUACAUGGGGAAGUUCUUGCCAAGACCAGAGAUAUGCAUUUCAGGAAGUUUCAGGAUGGAGAAGUAAAUGUUCUGUCAUGUACUGACCUUGGAUCUCGAGGACUAGAUACAAUUAAUGUACAGCACAUCAUUAACUUUGACUUUCCGCAUCAUAUGUCUGAUUACAUUCACCGAGUAGGACGAACAGGACGAGUUGGGGCACAGGUUGAAGGUCACGUGACCAAUUUUGUCUGUACACCUGCUGCUAUAGAAAUUGUGCAAAAGAUUGAGCAUGCAGUUCGCAAGGUCAGGUCUCUGCCUAGUGUUGAUGGUAAUAUAAAGCGUCGUCUAGCACAAUUUAGUACUCAAAAGGAUUUGGAGACUUUAGGAAAAGAAGUUCCUGGCUACAUCUGACAAGUUAAGAUUUGUUUUCUGCAAAAGCAAGUACUUUAUAAAGUGUGAUGAUUAUGUCUUGAUAAAAUAUUUUUAUGUAAAUACAUAUACGUGUAUAAAUAAAAUAAGUCUUUGUGAAGCUUA